AUGACUGCUGAAUCACCAGUAGUAAGUCGAAAAUUAAUCAUCGUGGGUGAUGGUGCCAUUGGUAAAACAUCCUUAUUAUAUGUAUUUACAUUAGGAGAAUUCCCCACUGAAUAUCAUCCUACUGUAUUUGAAAAUUAUGUCACAGAUUGUCGAAUCGAUAGUAAAAUGGUUCAAGUUGCAUUAUGGGAUACAGCUGGUCAAGAAGAAUAUGAAAGAUUGCGACCUUUAAGUUAUAGAAAUAGUCAUGUGGUAUUGAUUGGAUUUGCUUUAGAUACCCCAGAUUCAUUAGAAACUGCUCGAACAAAAUGGAUUGAAGAAGUUAAAAAAUAUUGUCCUAAUACUCCAUAUAUUUUAAUUGGGUUAAAGAAAGAUUUAAGAUUAAAUUUAAAAGAUCAAAUUAAUUUCGUUCAAACUGAAAGAGGAGCUCAAGUUGCUCAACAGAUUGGGGCUAAAACUUAUUUAGAAAGCAGUGCUUUGACAGGUGAAGGGGUGGAUGAUAUCUUUGAAUAUGCUAUUAGAACUAGUCUAUUAGUUCAAACUAAACCCAAAAAUUCAUGCUGUGUCAUAUUAUGA